AUGCAUCCAAUUAUCAUCUUCUCCAAAAUGGAUUUUAGUCAGAGCAAUUUAUUUGGAUACAUAGAAGACCUGCAGGAACUAACUAUUAUAGAGAGGCCAGUUCGCAGGAGCCUGAAGACACCAGAAGAAAUAGAAAGAUUGACAGUUGAUGAAGAACUCAGUGAUAUUGAAAGGGCUGUUUAUCUACUCAGUUCCGGCCAGGAUAUCCAAGGAACAAGUGUGGUGGCAAAUCUUCCAGUCCUGAUGCGACAAAAUCCUGCAGAAACACUUCGUCGGGUCUUACCAAAGAUCAGA